AUAAUUAAUCAGCCAUAUGAGAAAUAAGCAAAAGUGGGCAUCAAGUCAACAUUGUUCAUUCUCAGUUCCAAAAUAAGCAACAUGCCCAUGUAUGAAGCACCACAUUGUUGUGCAGUAGCAGAUGGCACUAUGUUUCCAUGGUAACCAAAUUAAGGUUUCAUUAAAUUGUUAGGGGCCUAUAUCAUGAAGGAUGAUGAAUAAGUAACACAAGAAGCCAUAUCGCUCUGGGAAUAGUUGCAGUAUUAUUUAAUAAUACGAGUAAAGUGGCUUACAAAACCCGUCGCCAGCGUUACGUAUUCUGGGUACAAACAAACUCAACUACUUUCUCUCGUAAAUUAAUGCAAAUCUCACAAAUAUGUCUCAUGAGAGGAGAGCGAGCGUAACACAUUAAAUCGCGUUAAAAAGCCAAGUUAAAUCUGAAACGGUGUGUCGCGCGCCGACUGCUGCGUUCAUAUUAUUCUCAUCAUCUCGCGCAUAUUUUGGAGCGUUUCAUAGCAGGGCUGCAGGCGGGCGGGCGCGCGCGCUCGAUGCAAUAUAUUUUACUUGGAGACCGAAGUCCGAGGCAGCGCCAUCCUGUGAUUUUAUUUCCAUGCCAACUUGAACCGGGUUAGUUUUUGUAACUGUUUCCAACCGAAAUGUACUAAGAUCUCGCUCAUCAUCAGUCCUCACAGUGGUGCUGAACUGCAGCCUUCGCUGUCUUCACUGUUGAGCGCUCGUCAGGGGAGCGGACCUGCAUCCUAAAGCAAACCUUUCUGAGACAUUGCAGUCCUGUCACGUCUUCGGCUCUCCUAUUUGCUUCCACCAAGAGAGCGGAGAGAAGAAGAAGAAGCGGCUCAACGGUGGUGACAUGGCAAGAAGCAGCAUUAUUUAAAGUGCUCAAUCUUCUGCUCUUUUAAUUCCACUGCAGCAACCUGAUGCAGUGAAGGAGCUCUUGAGGCUAUGCACUUGCCUGCAUUUGGUGAAAGCAUGUUGUGGGUUACACUGCUAAGCACAAUUGCACUUGGAUGGACGACACCUAUCCCUCUACUUGAUGAUUCAGAAGAAAUAGACGAACCUUGCUUUGAGCCCUGCUACUGCGAAGUGAAGGAAGGCCUGUUUCACGUUCAUUGUGACAGCAAAGGAUUUACAAAUAUUAGCCAAGUCUCACAGUCAUGGCUUAGACCAUUCAAGCUCUACGUGCAGAAAAACUCGUUACGGAAGCUCUACUUCAACAGUUUUUUGCACUUGAACAAUGCAGUGGCCAUUAAUCUGGGCAAUAAUGCCCUGCAGGACAUCCAUGUUGGGGCUUUCAAUGGUUUGAGCUCCCUGAAGAGGUUGUACCUUCACGAAAACAAGCUGGAAGUGUUCCGGAACGACACAUUUCUCGGACUGGAGAGUUUAGAAUACCUUCAGGCAGACUAUAAUGUCAUCAAGAGAAUAGACAGUGGGGCGUUCCGAAAUCUCCACAAACUCAGAGUGCUCAUCCUUAAUGACAAUUUAAUACCCAUGCUGCCGGCGUUUCUUUUCAGAUCUGUCUCUCUGACGCACCUUGACUUGAGAGGCAACCGACUAAAGACGUUGGCUUAUAAAGGGAUUUUGGAAUAUAUCGGUCGCAGUCUUAUGGAGAUCCAGUUGGAGGAGAACCCUUGGAACUGUGUCUGCGAUAUCAUCCAGCUCAAGGCCUGGUUGGAGCGGAUUCCGUACACUGCAGUUGUUGGCGAGAUCACGUGCGAGUACCCUUUCCACCUCCACGGAAAGGACCUCAGAGAGAUCAAACGCGGUGAGCUUUGUCCCUUAUUAAAUGAUGGCGAGAUUGAGUCAAUUCUAGCCGUCCUACACUUACCAUUCUACACAGGGAGAGCGAGGCCUACAAAGCCAUCAUCUAUAGUCUCCCCUAAUCAAAACACUGUCUCCUCUGUGGAACAAAGAGAAAGACCUCCAAAGCCAACAAAAAGACCCAGGCCCUCAAAGACACCACCAACACCACGCAGUGUGUUCCCUAAUCAGCCGCCUGUAGCCGGAUACCAGACACGGCCGCCUAUACCUAUCAUUUGCCCCAUUGGAUGUACCUGUAACUUGCAUAUUAAUGACCUUGGUUUGACAGUCAACUGUAAGGAGAAUGGUUUUCGGAACAUUUCUGAGUUGAUGCCUCGACCCUUGAACGCCAAGAAGCUUUACUUAAGUGGAAAUCUCAUUCAGAGAAUAUACAAGUCUGAUUUUUGGAAUUUCUCCAGUCUUGAUUUAUUGCACUUGGGAAACAAUCAGAUAUUUUACGUUCAAGAGGGGGCUUUUGUUAAUCUCCCUAAUUUGAGAAGCCUUUACCUGAACGGUAAUAGUAUUGUUAAGUUAACUCUUGAUAUGUUCCAUGGUUUGCACAGCCUUGAGUAUUUGUAUUUUGAGUACAAUGAGAUACGAGAAAUCCAGCCGGCUGCCUUCAGUUUAAUGCCCUCCCUGCAGCUUGUCUUUCUCAACAACAACCUCUUGCGAACAUUGCCCGUGGGAACGUUUGCAGGUAGCUCGCUGACACGCCUGAACCUGCGGAACAACUACUUUCAUUGCCUCCCAGUCAGCGGCGUUCUAGAACACCUGCAUGCUGUAGUCCAGAUCGACCUAAAUCAGAACCCCUGGGACUGCUCCUGUGACAUCAUCCCUCUCAAAGAGUGGCUGGACACGCUGAGCUUAGUGGUCAUAGUCGGAGAAGUGGUGUGUAAGACCCCCGAGCUGGUCUCAGGAAAAGAUUUACGCUCUCUGAAUUCUGAAGUGAUUUGCCCUGAGCUCCGACAGUCCUCACUGUCUCCUGCCGAAUCAGAUAGUGGGCUUAUCACUACGUAUCCCGAGGUGGGGCCGCACCCGCCGAAAGGUGCCAUACCCCUCUCUGUUCUCAUUCUCAGCCUGCUGGUUCUGUUCGUGUCUGCCUUCUUUGCUGCUGCAGCUCUUUGCGCAUAUGCUCUCAAAAAGCGUGAAAAGCUUCCCUUUAGGAAGCAAGGGGAAGUGGGCCUGGCAGGCAUUCAGAUGGAAUGUGGGAUAUUCACAGAACAGCCACCAACCUUACCAGAAACUCCUCCUUCCAAUCACGUGUACGAUAGCAUCGGUGCUCCCUCUUCGCACAUGUGCAGCAACCCCGUUUACAAAAGCGGACAGGAGGAGUCAGGGCAGAAGCAUCCAUUCUCAGAGACAAAAGAGAGUGGUUCACACUACAGAACGCUGGUGGAGAAGGAAAAGGAGUGGACCAUGGCCAUCUCCAGCUCCCCCAUUAACACUAUUGGCAGCGUCGGCCCGCUGUGUGGUGACAUUGCCGGCUUUCAUGAAAACGGAAUACUCUGUCCGACUGUCAUUGAUAGCCAAGGUCCCACGCCCAAGGUGGGAUUAGUGGACAGUCUUUUUGGCACAACUCCCCAGUUUAGCAACCUGCCUGACAGACAGUACGCGUGUACGCAUCCUCCCUCAGAGUAUCCACAUGCCAAACAGGAUGCCAGACAAAAGCAAACGAUCACAACCACAGGGACAAGGACAGGAUGUCCUAAUCAAACCCAAAGUGAUUACCCUGAGCUGAGGGCUAGACUCAAAACAAAGAUGGAUUACAUUGAUAUGCUGGAUAGGUCAUAUCAAUUCUAAGACAUGUCAGAUAUAAGACUGCACAUUCAAAAUGAAAAUGGUAAGAUGGAAAAAGAAUUCAUGCGAUGUAAGAUGGUAUGGUUUUCCCUCAAGUUGCUCUGGAGGAAAUCCCUUGUUCAGAUUUUUUAAAGUGCCUUCAUAAGAGCAGCCAGCAAUGUUGUAAAUGAGUAUUUUUGUAUCACAGUUUUAUUUAUCUAAAAUACAUAGAUUUACAUUAGAAGGAAAAGGAUCAACUGCUGUUUCCAGACUUUGCAAUGUUGGUAAACGUGAAGCAAAUUAUUCGUAUGAAUGCAGGGCGUGCGGUCUUGGCUUUUACUCGUUUGCAUCAAAAACUUCGGAGAUAUUUUUUAUUUAACUAAAAAUUGUCUAUCAGCAAUAGAGAUACUGCAGUUAUUGUAUAACUGUUAAGUGCUUUGUUGAAUCUGUAUUUUCAAAUUGAGUAGAUUGUCUUUAUCUGGACUUAUUGAAUGGUUUUAUGGACCAAGCUAAGGUCAAAACAUGUAAAAGAUUGGGAACUAUUGAUCAUGUCUAUGGACGUACCUUUCCAUGGUCUAUCUCACAUAGGCAAAGACAGAUAUGUGCAUAUAUUUAUUCUUAGAUUUCAGUGUUGCAAUUAUUAUUGUAAGACAUCAUGUUAAAUCAGUGUAUAAUGAUUAUGCCUCUGGUUUAGCCUUCCUUGAAAAAAUAACCUAUGAAUUCAAUAAAGGGUGCUAAACU